AUGUUUGGCUGCGGAUAUAUAAUCGCUUGGCUAACAGUUCCAAGUAUAUACACAGCAUUCACAGUUCAUGAAAUAGGAAACAUUCCAUUCGUUUGUCCAAAUUCCUAUAACUAUUCUCUUCCCUCACUUCAAAUCACUUGUCAAAUUCGUGCGAUAAACUUGACACUAAUAUGGGUAUUUUCCACAUUUCUUGUUUUCAGUGUCAUUCUUUUUAUCGUAUCUGAGGACGAUAAUGAUAUUGGUUAUAGAGAUGAUACUGGUAAUAUAGAUGAGAUUCCCCUUGCCGUAGCGACGGUUGUUGAAGAUGUUACUUCGGGGAAUAAUGAUAUUGACAAUUUAAAUACAUCCUAG